UGUGAUUGACAGCACCUGUGUGAGUGAGCCUGAGCCAAUGGCCAGCAGCAUAAAAACACACUGGGUUUGGAAAGGAGCUGCUUCUGAAAGCUGUCGCUGCUGGCGUUGAAAUGGCAGUCAAAGUCUUGAUUGUGUAUGCUCAUCAAAGCCCAGGUUCAUUCAGUGCAGCUGCCAAAGAUGCUGCAGUGGAGGUUCUGAAGUCCCAGGGCUGUACGGUGGAAGUGUCCGACCUGUACGCAAUCAAGUUCAAAGCCACUGCUACAGCCGAAGACAUCACCGGCGAGGUGAAGAAUGCUGAGCACUUCCGCUAUGCAGAGGAGACUAAAGUGGCAUGGGAGGAAGGCCGGCUGUGUGCGGACAUCACCGAGGAACAGCGCAAAGUCAAAGAAGCAGAUCUCAUCAUAUUUCAGUUUCCCAUGUACUGGUUCUCAGUGCCUGCCAUCCUGAAAGGCUGGUUUGACCGGGUUCUCACCCUGGGAUUCGCCUACACACAAGAGAAGCGCUACAGCCAGGGCAUCUUUGAGAAAAAGAAGGCCAUGCUGUCCUUCACAACAGGAUCACAGGAGACCAUGUUCAGUCCAGAUGGCAUCAAUGGGGACAUAAAUGUCACCCUAUGGCCCUUACAGAAUGGGAUCUUGCAUUACUGUGGCUUCCAGGUCUUGGCCCCUCAGCUCUUCUGGGCCCCAGCUUUGGCCCCUGUGGAGAGGCGCACCUCGAUGCUGGAGGCCUGGCGUGCUCGUCUGCAGGGGCUCCUGGAGGAGGAACCCCUCUCAUUCACCCCCAUGUGCUGCUUUGACAGUGAGAGGGGCUUCCAGCUCCGACCAGAGGCCUUGGAGAAACAUGCCAACAGAGAGUUUGGCCUGACCGUGGGCAUCCAUCUGGGAAAACCACUGCCCCCCAACAGCCAGAUGAAGGCUGGGGUCUGAAGUGUGUCUGAAUGUACUGUUAAAAUUGUUUUAAUGUGGUGAGAUUUGUAAACUAUGUUCUUGUGGUUAUUGUCCUGGACCACAUUAAAACAUGCAUACAUACA